CUCUCUCCCGCGGCGAGAUAGCGAACAGCGCAACGGCGGAGUGCCGUGUGCCGUCGUCGCGGCUAGUUGCCCCCCCCGAGGUCGGCAAUCGCGACGCCGGCGUCGCCCCGUUCACGCAUUCGGUAGCCCUGACUGGCGUUUCGCCGUUGUUGAUACUGCUAACAUUUGAUGGAAGAACAACGGCUGCAUCGACGGAGUACUCCACGCCUUGCGUCGCAAGACAUGCGGUCGCUUCCGAUGAGCUCCGACUUCCACGACGACGUCCGGUUCGGCUCCAUGGUGAGCCGGAAGUACUGCUGCGCUUCCGGACUGGCCAUUUCCGUCCUGGGCGUCAUCUGCGGAGUGCUGCUAGGACACUUCGCCAUGAAGACCGCCGUCAGGGACGAGCGGGAAGCCGCUGACCCUGGUCUUCAGCAAUCAGCCGAAGGCGCUGAACGGGACAUCACGGCGUUUCUGGAGACCUAUGACUACGAGGGAAUGCUGAGCAAGCUGACAUCGAUGCCAAAACUGGGCGGCACGGAGGCGGACAAGACGUCGGCCGAGUUCAUCGAGAAACUCUGGACCAGGCAGGGGCUGCACGGCGUUCACCUGAAGUCCUACAAAGCCUACCUCUCCCAUCCCGACCCUGUGCGACACAGUAAGGUAUCCAUCAUCGACAGUGACGGCUCAGAAGUAUUUUCUAUCGUACGAAAAAAAGUCGGCACGAUAGAACCUUACCUUGCCUAUUCUUCAAGCACCGGAGAUUCACCCGUUGUUGCGGAUGUCGUGUUUGCGAACUACGGCCGUCCCGAAGACUUUGAGCAUCUCCAGGGAGCUGGCGUCCAAGUUGCGGGUAAUGUCGUCAUCAUCCGCUUUGGACGCGUCUUCCGCGGCAACAAGAUAAAGCAGGCGGAAAAGCAGGGUGCCGCCGCGGUCAUCCUGUACCCAGACCCAGCGGAUUACGCGCUGGAGCCCAGAAGACCUUUCCCAGAAUCCAUGUCCCUCCCGGGCGACGCCGUCAGCUCUGGGACCCUCGCUCUUGUGAACGGAGAUCCCCUGACUCCCAUCUACCCUGCUACCGAUGACGCUUUCAGGAUUCCCGUGAAGACAGCAGACCUGCCCAACAUUCCUGCCUUCACUGCAUCUUUCGACGAGGCUGCAGAAAUAUUGAGACGAAUGAAGGGUCCACCGGCUCCUCAAGACUGGAAAGGCGAUUUGAACAUCAGCGAAUAUCGCCUCGGACCCGGGUUCAUUAAAGAAAAGAGUCUCAAACUCGAAGUCAAUUUAAGAAACGGUUUAGCGACGACCUACAACGUCAUAGGGAAGAUUCCUGGAGUUCAAGAGCCAGAAAAACUGGUCAUCGUGGGCAACCACAGGGAUGCCUGGUCACCGGGCGCCUUCGAUCCCGUCAGUGGUACCGUGGCGGUUCUUGCGAUGGCCGAAGCCUACGGAAGGUUAGCGCAGCAAGGUUGGAAACCACGACGCACUCUGGUCUUCUGCAGUUGGGGAUCCGAAGAGUUUGCUCUUGUCGGGUCACAAGAGUGGGUCGAGGAGCAUCGCGUACAGCUGAGUCACCAGGCUGUCGCCUACCUCAACGUGGACAUUUCGGUGCAAGGAAACGGGACGCUGGAGGUUGCCAGCACUCCUUUGCUUGGACAGCUAAUGUGGGACACUACGAAAAAGGUGGCGAACCCAGACCAAGCGGAGGUCCAUCGCGGCAGGUCCACCGUCUUCGACACCUGGCUCUCUCACUCCCCUUCGUACAACAACCCUGAGUCGGAAGCCAGGUUUCUCGACCUUCCGUCUGACAGUGACUACGCCCCCUUCUUCCAUGAACUCGGGAUUCCGUCGGUGGACCUUCGUUACACCUGCUCCAACCUGAGUUUUGAUUCUUGCUUACCACUCUACCACACGAACCACGAGACAGAAAUGGCCUACAAAUUAAUUGACAACAACUUUAAGUUUCUGAGGGCGGUCUCCCAAGUCCUCAGUCUGGCGGCUUACGAGUUGGCCGUGCGGCCGCUGUUGGCGAUGACGGUGAGGCCGUACGCAGCAGCUCUCAACCAGAGCCUCAGCGAACUCCGAAGUCUCUACGGAACGCACCUAAAGGAACAGAGAGUGAGCACCAAUUCACUGGUGAAAGCAGUUCGAGAGUUUUCCAAGGCCGCCGAUACGAUCGAUCAGCAGCGACUUCAGCAAACUGGCGAGGGGACGAGGAACAUCAACAAUAAGCUGAUGUUGGUCGAAAGAGCGUUCAUCGACAUCCCAGGAAUCCUCGCGGGAAACAUCUUCAGAAACCAAUCAUCGCAAAUGAGCAAGCACGUCGUGUUCGGAAUCAGUGCCAACGACGUCAACGUGGGAACGAGAUUCACAGCUGUCAAAGAGGCCCUCGUCAGCAACUCUUCACUGGUGGCACCUUUAGUAGCUUCCUUGGCCCAUCACAUCAGAAUGGCGACGUCCAUUUUAGUAGACGACUUGUAAAACCUUCAUCGGUAUACUACCUUAAUGCCAUGAAAGUAUUUCUUUUCUUUGUGUGUGUGUGUGUGUGUGUGUGUGUGUGUGUGUGUGUGUGUGUGUGUGUGUGAGAUAUCGAGAAGGUUGAAAGCUAGGGUUCCGUAGGAAAAGUUUGCUUUCAGGGACCUAACUACCAAGAAAAGAAUCGCGUUUCCUUUCUAUUUUUUGUUCCUCGUCAAGUGAUUCUACGUUAAUAAUUCUAAUACGAGUAACGACACAAGGAAGUGAUUUUUUUGUAGAAAUUUCACCAGUAUAGCAAAGGGGUUUGAAACAGAAAACACACUUCCCAAUGUGGCAGGCUCUUGCCGAAUUAGACGGACCUGUGCGCAAGCUGUCUGCUUCUUUUAUUUAUUUUUCUGUCUUCACAUUUUGAUGCCCUUACUACGGCAGUUUCCCUGUGGCUAUCCGUUCAUCGAACUAUAUGGCUCAUUGACAAACUGUUUUGUGGACACUGCGAUGUCUCAUAAUAAAAAAAUACGGUGAGAAAUUAUAAAGGCCCGUUUGCACACAUGCGUUUUACUACGAACGACUGAGACGAGGCAGGUUUUUAAGCCUCUCGUGACGGCUUACGAUCGGUUGCACAGCGAUGCGGGCAGUCGGAAGCCAUCGCAAGAGGCUUCGAAACUAGUCUCGUCUCAGUCGGUCGGGAAACAACGCAUCUGGGUGACCGGUUGAGGGGAUGAGAGCGUGCGGCGACGUCAGAGCGCCCAAAGGCGGAUCCAAA